GUUUCACCCAGCAGAGGCAAGUUUUUCCACCCCACGAUCAAACCCUCCGUCCGUAGAAUCAUUCCCUCCGUCAAAGCCCACUUUUUAUUCAACGCUUCGCGUGGUUUCCAACUUUUCAAUACUCAUCGGCAAUUAUUUGAACCGAGUGUGCGAUUCUGACGUUCAACUUCGCCGUGAUACUUCCAAUUCCGUGUGCGCCAGACACAUCGCAGAAUAUCCAAAAUUCAUGAACUUCGCCCACAGCGCAUGCAUCUCUGCGGGGAACAUCCUUUGCCAUCGCCUGAUCGCCGAGUGCUUUGUCUGUAUUGACAGUAUUUCUAAUCCCCACUCUGACUGCUUUGGUCAGUCGUGAACAAAACUCCGCAGCAAUUGCUUCAAUUUCAGUCUUUUACCAACGAAAUAUUCAAUUGUAACACAGUGUAGAACGCAAUGUCGGAAGAUGCUAAGGUCAGGAUUAUACAACGCAACCAUAUUUUGAGCAAUCAAUUCACCGGAGCGAUUCGUAGUCUGCGUUACGUUAUGAUUUAUUUAGGUAUUUGGCUAGGAGAAAGAUAUCAGAAUUGGUAUCUUUUCGUGUGGUUUUUUCAUUCGGCAAGUUUAAUAUAUUUAACCGCCGGUUCAGUAGGCGGUCUCAUCGUUCUUAGACAUGACGUGAACAAAAUCAUUAACAACUUGGGUAUGUCAAGUCCAACGAUACUCAUUGUCUGUAAAUGGCUUACAUUCGCUUGGCGUAAAAAACUGUGCAAGAGGCUUAUGCAUUACAUGAACGCCGAUUGGGUCAACUUGGAAAAAGAUACUCUUAUCAAUAAAAGUGUGCCGGAUUCCAAACGAAUAAUCGUAAACUACUACCGAACAUCGAAUUUUUUUGUCUGCACUUUCAUAAUCUUGGCUUCUGUUGCCACCGUGAAUUUCCUUGGUCAAUCUCUUUUUUCUCUCAACCAACGCGAUAAUAAUCUGGAUAAGGAUAAAAUCUUCCCGAUGCCUUACAGUUGGUAUCCUGUGAAUUACAACGGAUCAAGUUAUAUUAUUCAGUUCCUAGUGUUCGCUCAAAUAAGUAGUAUGCUAUCAACGUUUCUGGCGACAACCGCAAUCGACGGCUUCCUCGUUGCUGCGAUUCUACACCUCAGUAGUCAACUCAAGAUUCUGAGACAUUUCAUAGAAGGAAUUACUUACGAACCGUGGCAUCCUCAAAAUUACAAGAAAAAAGUGAGAGAAAUAGUGAAACGCCAUCAAGUGCUGUUGAGCGUAGCAGCCACGUUGCAAGAAUGUUACAGCAUCAUUGCCCUGCAACAUGUAAUGGCGUGUGUGCUUGCGCUCUGCUUUCUUGAGUGUUCAUUUCUCAUGGAAUUACAAGAAAACGAAGCUAGCAGAACGAGUCUCUUAACCUUCGGACUUUUCGCUAUAGGAUCGCUGGAGACUGCCUUUAUCUACUGUUUUGCCGGCGAUUCGUUAACUAAUGAAGGGAUGGCUAUCGGAUUGGCUAUCUACAGAUGUGAAUGGUACAGUUUCUCAAGAUCGACUAAUCUCUCAUUAUCGAUAGUAAUGAUCAGAGCACAGAAGCCGAUAGAGAUUAGCGCAGCCCAGAUUUUCCCCCUCACGUUAGAAAAUUUUACAGUAAUAGUCAAAGCCGCUGCAUCGUAUCUCUCUACUUUACGAGCUUACAGCAUGAUGGAAGCCUGAAGAAAAUUAAGUCAGUCAAUCGGCGACGGGCAAAAAAAAACUUUUGUGGGGACAUUCAUCGAACAGUUUUCAAAACACAUUAAGUAGAAUAUGAAAUCCGAAAAA